AUGGCUGUUCUACUCGCUUGGAUAAUUUGUCCAAUUGUAUUUGGAAUUUGUUUUCUUAGUCAAACAAUUUAUUUCAUAUACAAAAUACUGCAAUCUAGAAACACUGAUUAUUCAGGAGGUUCACCAGUAACUACUAUUCACAUGACAGAUAGUGAAGCAACUUGUUGUAUGGGUUGGGCAUGGACAUCAUGUAUAGACAAAACAACAAAUCGUAUAACAUUAAAAACAUUUAUUGCAUGGUAUAUUGUUGCUGUAUCUUUGGAUGUAAUUAUUACGGUGAUAUUCUAUCUUAUUCUUUAUCAUUGGCAUCGUAUUUAUGUUUAA